AUGUCAUUCAGCUACUUAGUUCCAUAUGUUUGGAUCUACUUCGAGCAGUUGAUACAGCCUCUCAGCACCAUGGUGAAGAUCUAUUUAAUGAUCUGUUUAUUUGUUACUUUGGCACGCCAGACUGCUAUUGUUAACGGUGACAACAAUACGGGUUCUGAGUAUACAACCCCUAGGACACAUGCAAGAUCUACCUUGUCUGAGAAUCUAGCUCAGGGAUCUCCAAGGAAGAAUCCCCCUGUGGAUAUUUCUGUUACAAAUGCUGGACCAGGACAGUCAAUUGAAGAUGAUCAACACGGUAGCACAGAACUGCUAAACUUUACUUACAAUGAAAUCGCAAAUUCAGGACCAGCCUGGCCUGGUAUAAAUAUCAGCAAUCCAACAUUCACACUUAAUUCUACAGGUAUUUCAAAUGCUAUUCCACAAGUUCUUGAUUUCAGACUCAAUAAAAUGCAGGGAAAGAAUGACGACUGGACUAAUUUAGAGACUUCUAAUAAACUUGAUGAACUUAUUGGUGAAGGGUUCUACUUAUCAAAUACAGAAGAUCAAGAAGGUAUCACAAUCCAUGGAGAUAAACAGGAUGGGGGUUUAGUGGUGUCUGAUGAAUCCACAAUGUCAUUAACCACUCCAAAAGCUUACACAGAUUUGCAGACAAUUUCAUCAAUUUCAACACCUCGAGAUAUGAUCUGGUCUCAAAAGGAGACAGGUUCACAGCAGAAGGAAAACAUGGUGGCAGAACAUGAUAACCUUGCAGACUCGAAGAGGAUGAGGUGGUAUGAAGUCGACAUUGAUCUAGAGGGCAAACAUUUCCGAGGUGAGAACAACAAAGGAGAAAUUGGUUCGAAAGCAGGGACCACGGAAAUGGAUCAUAUUGAAGAGACAUUCCAUUGGGAGAAUGACAGACAUCAUGAAAUUUCAAAGAGUGCUGGAAACCGAACAGUGACCCAUCCAAAUCCCAGAGGGCAAAUGAGAAAAAGGAUAGGACGUCCUGGGCCACCUGGGCCACCCGGGCCACCUGGCUCAAUAGGUGACCCUGGACCACCAGGACCUAAAGGGAACAAAACACAGCGUGGGAUUCUAGGACCUCGUGGACAACCGGGAAAGCCAGGACCUCCUGGACGUUGUGGAGAUCCUGGAAUUCCAGGUACACCAGGCUUACCAGGGGACAUGGGGCUUGAAGGACUAAGGGGCUUCACAGGCCCAAUGGGUCGGAAGGGAUCUCCCGGAAUCCCUGGUGAACCUGGUCCUCGAGGUCCGUCUGGAAUUCCUGGAGAACAGGGACCUCAGGGCUAUAUGGGCAACAAUGGAAUUCGUGGAGAGAAAGGGGAGCAGGGAUUUAGAGGAUUACCUGGACCAAUUGGGGAUAAAGGAGAAAAAGGAGCCAAGGGUGUCCAAGGUGAAAUUGGACUUCCUGGGGCUUUUGGGCCUUUGGGUGCCAAGGGUUUGAAAGGAAGUCCUGGAUUACAAGGUUCAAGAGGUCCCCCAGGAGAGUUUGGAUUAAUAGGAGCACCGGGACUGCCUGGGCCAAUGGGUGAACAAGGACCACCAGGACCAAAGGGUGUGGCAGGUGUGAAUGGCUCAGAGGGGCAGAUUGGGUUGUCAGGGUUACCUGGACAGAGGGGCCCUCAGGGACCACAGGGUAUGAAUGGAAGAAGUGGUCUUAAAGGAAAGAGGGGCCAUCAGGGCCGGCCUGGAUUAGAAGGACUUGCUGGUACAAGGGGAGAUCAUGGUGAAGAUGGACCACCUGGGCCAAGAGGGGAACCUGGUUCUGAAGGUCCAAAGGGAGUGAUUGGAAUGCCAGGUAUCAGAGGUCCACCAGGCGAUUCAAGGGCAAGAGCAUCAGAUGGUGCACAUGGGGACCCUGGAGAGAAAGGAGAUAUAGGGCCACCUGGGUUACCAGGUAAAAGAGGAUUCCAGGGACCAAGGGGGCCACCUGGAAUUCCUGGAAUUCUUGGUCAUAAGGGUCAGCUUGGAGCAGUUGGACCUGAUGGUGAAGAUGGAGUCAUGGGUCUUAAAGGACAGCAAGGAACUGUAGGACCCAAGGGCAACAGAGGAUCUGAUGGUCCCAAAGGAAUUCAAGGAUCCAGAGGGCACAGGGGGCGUAUAGGUCAGCGAGGAUUAGUAGGAUUACCUGGACCAGCGGGAUUAAAAGGCCAGCAAGGAAUACCGGGUCCUGAAGGAAAGCCUGGGUACAUCUGGAAUUCCAGGUGAUACUGGGCAGAGGGGGCCAUGUGGCUUCAGAGGAAUAAGGGGUGAUCAAGGAUCGGAUGGACCUCCAGGACCACCUGGGCCUCCCGGGCACCCAGGACCUGAUG